GAUAAUUGCUAAUGUCUCGGUGCCGCAUGGAAACUUGGAAAGGCAGACAAUUUCAAACGUCAAAACAUUUCCAGUAGAUGUCACGUUUAUUGUGAAACAGUGAAACACACAACCACGCAAUGUUGAAAAGGCUUGUGUUCUUGAGGCGUAUGCCUGUAGUAAUUCAACAAAGCGUGAGGAAUUUACAGUCGGGAAAGUAUGAUGCAAAGUCUACAUCUGCAGUCGACAGGGAAGAUUAUGAUGAAAAAUUGCGACCGUUGUAUUUGGAUGCACAAUCUACAACACCUAUGGAUCCUCGCGUAUUGGAUGCAAUGAUGCCGUACUAUGUAUCCUAUUAUGGCAAUCCACAUUCAAGAACUCAUACCUACGGCUGGGAAAGUGAGCAAGCUACUGAACAUGCAAGAGAACAAGUUGCAUCUCUGAUUGGGGCAAAUGCAAAGGAAAUCGUCUUCACUAGUGGGGCCACAGAAUCGAACAAUUUAGCUGUCAAGGGUGUUGCACAUUUUUAUAAGAACAGAAAGAAACACAUCAUAACAACACAAACAGAGCAUAAAUGUGUGCUUGAUUCGUGUCGCUCCCUUGAGGCGGAAGGCUUUGACGUCACGUAUUUACCGGUUAUGGAGAAUGGACUUGUUGAUGUGAAGCUUCUUGAAGACUCGAUACGUUCAGAUACCUCGCUUGUCUCGAUCAUGACGGUAAACAAUGAGAUUGGCGUACGUCAGCCCAUCCAUGACAUAGGCGCGUUAUGCAAGGAAAAGAAAGUGUUUUUCCACACAGAUGCCGCUCAGGCAGUUGGUAAGAUUCCGUUGGACGUGAAUGAGAUGAAUAUUGAUCUGAUGUCGAUCAGCGGUCAUAAACUCUACGGACCGAAAGGCGUCGGGGCACUUUUCGUCCGUCGUCGACCUCGCGUGCGCCUUGAGCCUGUGUUCAGCGGUGGUGGACAAGAAAGAGGAAUGAGAAGUGGAACAGUUCCUCAUGUUCUUGUCGUUGGCCUUGGAGCUGCCUGUGAAGUCAGUGCCUUGGAAAUGGAGUACGAUCACAAACAUGUGACGAGGCUGUCCAAUCGUCUCGUCGAUGGUAUUAUGUCGCAAUUAGCAGACGUGGUGCGUAACGGCGACGAGACCGAAACUUACCCCGGAUGUGUAAAUCUUUCUUUCUCAUACGUCGAAGGCGAGAGUUUACUAAUGGCUCUCAAGGACGUAGCACUCUCGUCAGGAAGUGCUUGUACAUCCGCAUCCCUCGAGCCAUCCUACGUACUUCGCGCUAUUGGCACGGACGAAGAACUCGCUCAUUCAUCUAUAAGGUUCGGUAUUGGCCGUUUUACCACCGAAGAGGAGAUUGAUUAUACUGUUCGGAAAGUCGUUGACAACGUUAAAAGAUUGAGGGAAAUGAGUCCAUUGUGGGAGAUGGUGCAGGAUGGCAUCGAUCUGAAAACGAUCAAGUGGACUCAACAUUAACCACGUUCGUUCGUCAUAACAAGUACCGUUAUGUAUCGCAGAAUUUUUUCCUUUUUCCUGCCGUGCUAUGGGCAUAUUGAACGCGAUGCGUAUUGCCGCCAGCGAUUCGGGAUUUUUGAAACUUUUUCCUAUUUGCUCAAGCUAGAUGUAAAACAAACGGCUCGCGUGUAUAUAUGCUCCGUAUUCAGAACUUGACUUCGAUAACUGUUGACCAAAUUUGAUACGUAUUUCAUUUGUUAUAUCACUCCCCAAGCACAUCGUCAAAAAUUGGCACAACUUAUGGGAUUUGACAAUUUGUAAUACUAAAUACAGUCGAACCUCCAAUAAAUGGACAUCCUGGAGACCACCUUGUGAUACCUGCAAGUAUAGUGGACAUUAUUUCAAUGUUGUUUUAAAGGGCCAGUAAAACGCACAUUUUACUCAUUCGAAGAGUACUCUUUAAAUGACUGCAGACGUUCUAAAACAGUUAAUUCAUAUCUCUUUUCGUUCACAAGAUAUUAAAGUUUAUGUAAUGUACGCUUUACACAACCAUUGACGUCAUCUUGCUGAUACGUCAUAUUUGCUGAAACGUCAAACAAGCAGAGUUGCCUUCGUUAUAUAGUGUUAACGCGGCGUAACAUUCUCCUUAAGUCCUAUUCUCCUUGAGAACGGAAAGAGAUAUGGAUGAACUGUUUUAUUUUAUGUCUGCCGUCAAUCUAAAGAGUUCUCUUCAAUGAAAAUAUAACUCAAAUAUCUAAAUUUUCAUUUUUCUGGCCUUUUAGGAUUUAUUCUCAAUUAUACAAUUAAUGGUCUUAAAAUUCAAUGUGUGUUUACGUGAAAACACAAGUUGAAAUCACUGCACGAUAUCGAAAUCAAACACUACAUUGAAAUCACUUACGUGAAAACACUACAUAAAGAUCGCCGAUAUUUUGACGAUGAAAUAGACAUGGAGAUUUUUCCUAUUUUUUAUCAGUUUUCAUUUUAUUGAAUGUCAUUUCCUUGAGAAGACGUGUCUUUGAAAAACUGGACAUUACAAAUCAUGUUUAGUUUGUUCGUAUAUGUUCUAGGUUGUGAGAGAUUACAUUGAAAUGGCUGGACGCAAACGCGUUGUGUCCACGCACGAGAGUUGUGGGCUUCCGAGAAUGUCUGUAAAUAGAAGUUCGACUGUAGUGACGAUGUUUGCCGGAUGCAAAACUACGUUAUUUGUGUCAUAUUGUUUUUGACAAUGCCCUAAUCAAUUUUUGCACGCAUUUAUCAAACGAUUGACGUCAUUGCAUUUUGUCCUAACCUAAACAACAUUGAUAUUACGAUUAUUGAACAAUUAUUGAACAUCGAUUUCGUAUUCUUUUGGAGUUCCACUCGUAAUUACGUGAGUUCAUCAACGAGUUGUCUUAACGAUGAUUUACUCGUUGCUGAUAAAUACAUUUAAAAUAGAGAGUGAGAAUGAAUGUAGCUUAUUAAAAGGUAUUUUAGAAGGAA